CUAGGGGAGACUAGGGCGGCCACCGUGACGUUAUACUGAAGAGUUUCCUUUUACGAUAGCCUUACCCGCACGCAAUUCUUAAUCGCUAACCACCAUUACCCAAGCUAGCACACCUACUUGACACAAUUAUUACCACUACAUGGCACUAGGCAGAAUCAUGCAUUAUGCUGUAGACGCAGUGCUAGUUUCAACUGUCGUCGCCGGCAUCCGGCGGUCGAGUGGAUUCGCCGUUGACACCACUCUAAUAUCAGACCCAACCAUGCGCUCAUUUGCUGAUCGUUUCCUCGGCGUCGGCGAAACUAUAUUCGACAUGGCCACAGCUACGUCUGUUAAUAGUGAUUAUUUCAAGAAGGACUCGAGGAGAUAGUAGACGAUGUCUUGGGUACGAGUGAGGAGGUGGACAUGAAGAAUCGAAUGGUCAACGGACGCUAGCGUCUCGUUGGUCAGAGUGAGAAAUAAUGUCAGCGUUACUCACGGUGCAUCCAAGCACAUGUACCGAAGAAUUUUGAGGUAGUGCCCAUGAAUUUUAAGAUAUCAUCAUUGUAAUCUCCCAAAUGUCUGAGAACGUGGAGUAGCGGACGUUUCUGGUCCUGAGUUG